AUGGACCAGGUGCCGCUUACGGGUUUGGUCACGGAUUUGCUGUCGGGCGAUCGCUGCCGCCAGCGCGCGGCCGUGGACUCGUUUGUGGACGAAGACGUGCGGUUCAGCCACAUCUUGGGCACCCUCAGGGGGCGGGAGGCCUUCUAUGGGAUCUACCGCCUCGCCGCCACCGUCUGGCGAUACAAGAUCACGUGGGUCGAAUACAUCCGCAGCGGCAACACAGUGGUGCUGCAGCUGGACCUGGGCAUCAAGGUGCCGCCCUUUUACCUAGUGCGCUACCACUUCCCCACCAUCGUGCUGCUGCGCUUUAGGGAGGGGCCGGACGGCAAGCCGCGCUUGGUGGAGCAGGUGGACCACCACAGCAUGCUGGCCCUUAUGUGGCUCCUGGGCUGGCCCUUCACCGCUGUCAGUGAGAUGAUCAUCAGGCCAACGCAGGGCUUUGUUUUCUCGCGCCUGGGCUGGGCACUGGAUGCGCUUCUGGAUGCGAAAGACUCCCUGCUGGGCACGACACAGGCGGCCGCUAGCGAGCUGCGGGAGGCGGCCGCGGGCAUGCUGGAGCCAGCGGGGGCCGUGUUUGAGGGCGCGAUGGGCAAGAAUGGCAAGCUGAUCAAGGGGCUGGAGAGCCAUGGCAUCAGCUGCAUCGAGCUGCCGCUGAUCGAGCAUGCGCCAGGGCCCGACAGGGAGAAGCUGCCCGGGCUGCUGCAGCAGGGGGGCUACGACUGGGUGGCGGUCACGUCGCCGGAGGCAGCGGCGGUGUUGAUUGAAGGCUGGGAGAAAGCCGGCAAGCCGCAGGUCCGCGUUGCGGUGGUGGGGGGUGGCACGCGCGACGCGCUGAUCGCAGCUGGCGUCGAGCCCGCCUUCACUGCCAGCAAGGCUUAUGGCAAGAUAAUGGGCGCCGAGCUGCCGCACAUCCCUGGCGGCACCGACGUCGUCCUCUACCCCGCAUCGGCGCGUGCGUCCGGCGACCUGCAGAACAGCCUGGAGGCCAGCGGCUUCAGCGUCAACUGCAUCCGCACGUAUGACACCGUCGGUGUGAAAAAUGUCGACCCUGAGUUGCUCCAGCAGGCGAUCAAUGCGGACGCUGUCACUUUCGGCUCACCUUCAGCUGUCAAGGCCUGGAUUGCGCUGGUGGGCGAGGCUGCAGCCAAGAAGACGGUGGCGGUCUGCAUCGGUUCCACAUCAGCGCGGGCAUGCGAGGCGGCAGGCAUCUCACGUAUUUUCUACCCCGACAGCCCCGGCAUUCAGGAAUGGGUGGAGACCGUCCGAGAAGCGCUGGGGCAGGCACAGGGUGCGCCGGCACUCCGGUGA